GCUCCUCAACAAGCGGCGGCGAAACUUUAUUGUCAGAGGGAAGGGGGAACAUUUGUCCGCCGGCGAGGGGAUGUCGGCGAACUACGCGGCGGGGCUGUCGCCUUACUCGGACAAGGGCAAGUGCGGCCUCCCGGAGUUUUUCGACCCUCCGGACGAGCUGGACAGGAAAGUCGCCCAGCUGGCCCAGUUGAUCCGUGGCUCCAACGUGGUUUUCCACACCGGAGCUGGCAUCAGCACGGCUUCGGGAAUCCCGGACUUCAGGCCCCAACCGGCGUUCUGGACCAUGGAGGAGCGGGGGCUGUCCCCCAAGUUCGACACCACUUUUGAGAACGCCCGGCCGUACGACCACAUGGCCCUCUUGGGGCUGCGAGAGCCCUGCGUCCUGCGGUUCCUGGUCAGCCAGACGUGGGACGGUCUCCACGUGCGCUCGGGAUUCCCCAGGGACAAGCUGGCGGAGUUGCACGGGAACAUGUUUGUGGAGGAAUGCAUGAAAUGCGGAAGAAGUAGGCAGUAUGUGAGGGACGCCGUGGUGGGAACCAUGGGACUGAAGCCCACCGGCCGGCUGUGCGACGUCUCCAAGGCAAGAGGCCUUCGGUCCUGCAGAGGGAAGCUAAUGGACACCAUCUUGGACUGGGAAGAUUCCCUCCCUGAACGGGACCUCAAUCUGGCAAGUGAAGCGAGCAGGUAG